AAUCAAUAUGGCGUUAUUCGAUGUCAUAUCUCAUGAUAACGUCGGUGAUUGUAAAUAUAUCCUUGAACGCGACCCUUCUUUAGUUCAUUCGGUAGGAUGGCAUGGAAUGACACCAUUACAUCGUGCAGCUACAAGAGGAAAUUUAGAAAUACUACAGAUUUUGCUAGAAUUUGGAGCCAAUGUGAAUGCAUUGAACGGAUUUGGCGAAACACCUUUGCAUUUUGCUUGUCAAACAGCAAGUUUGAAAUUUGUGGGUAUUUUGGUUAAUAAGGGAGCAGAUAUUAAAGUUAUUGACAAUGGCGGGAGAAGCAGUGUCCAUCAUGCCGCAAGAAGUGGUUCAGUAUGGAAAAUUCACUAUUUUGUCACACUUGGACUUGACCUACACAAGCGAGACAGCAGGGGUCAAACUGUACUACACAUUGCAGCAGAAUGUGGGCACAUUGACCUUAUUCAGUACUGUUUAAGAAAUAAGCGUUUCGAUCCUGGAAUUACUGACAACAGUAUGAUGACUCCUUUACACUUUGCUGUUCAAAGUAAGAAUCGUCAAUGUGCUUGGUUAGUGGAAAGCUCAAGCCAUAAAUCACUUGUCUUGUUACCUGAUAUCCAUGGUUCUACACCAGUAGACUAUGCUGCUAAGGGGAAUACCAUGGAUCACAGGUGGUUACAAACACAUCUAAAAUACUGGAAUGCAAGCCGCUUUGCAGGCUAUCGACCAAAGCCUUGGUUGCCAUGGUUACUGCUACUGAUGUCUCCCUCCCUGUUAAUAUGUCUAAUUGUUUAUUGUGUGAAAGAAUAUUCUUAUGUUGGUUGGCCAUUAGCUAUAGUUCUCUUUGCGACAUUCUAUGCAUGGGCAUUCACAUCACAUAGAAUACGACAUGUUUCUGGAUUUCCUAAUCCUGCCUUUGCUGGCCUGUUUUUUGGAGUUAUUCUUCAGAGUUUAGUGUGUUAUACAGUAGACUUGGCACCUCGUCUUUGGCCUGAACUGUUUUGGAAUACUAUAGCACUCUUUGUUUUUGUUAUUCUGUUGUGGGAAAUCAAGAAAUUGUAUAGUGACCCUGGAAGACUUAAAACCUCACGAUUAAAGGAUGAUGGUCAACCUUAUGUACGUUUACCUUGUAAUUUGUUUAUUCUGACUAUAAUUGAUAUUGCAAAUGGAUUACUUUCUUCAGAUGAUUUCUGCACUGAUUGUGAGAUUGUCACCCAACCAUUUACUAAACACUGUAAACUAUGUAAUCAUUGUGUUGUUGCUAUUGACCAUCACUGUUUAUUUCUAAUGUGGUGUGUUGCACUCAACAAUCAUCGUCAUUUUGUGAUGUUUAUGAUACAAGUCUUGGCAUCACAGUGUCUGUUUAUCAGGGCAUCUAGUACAUAUUUAUAUAGCUUGGUCCAGUUAAAUGGCAAAUAUCCCACUUCAUUUAGGGAGGCAAUGGGACAGGAAGUGUAUAUUUCAUCUUUAUUUCUCUUGAACUGCUUUGGCUUUUUCUGGGUCUUAAUGUUGACCAUAUUUCAAUUCAAAGUUGUAUCAGAGGGUGCAACAACAUUUUAUACUCCUGAAGGAUCUCAAAAAUAUUCAAUGAGUAUGCGAGAGAUGUUUAGCUUUGGACGUGUGGCGUUUUUACAUCGACUACGGAAUUUUUUCUUGUUUCUUAUAGGAGAUUAUUCAUUUUAUAAAAACAAACAAUGGGAACAAUCUGUAUAAUAAUUGCUUAUUAAAGUAUUUUUAAAAUAUUUUCCAAUGUACUUAAAAAGUUAAAUAUGAAUUUACACAUUGAUUAAAUGAUGAAACCAUACCUAAUAAUAAACUAUACACGGGUAAUAAUCCUAUCAGUUUUAAAAUAAUAAUGUUAGACAUUGUUCCAUAAGAUGAAUGUGGUCAUCUUUUCAUAUUUGUAUUUACGGAUGUUUAUUGGACUAGUUUUGUAUUCUCUGUCAGGGCGACAAUCAUUGUAAAAUUGUUCUCAAUGAAUUUCAAAUAAAGAAAAAUUCAAAAAUG